AUGGAGCGCUGCGUCAUUUUGCCAGUGACAAGCGACACGAUGGUUGCUCCCCGCCGCCGGCCGCCCGUGCUCACGCUCCUUCUUGACAACUACGACUCGUACACGUACAACCUGUACCAGAUGCUCGCGCAGGUCAACGGCCUCGCGCCCGUCGUCCUGCGCAACGACGCCUUCAACGGCGUCUGGUCCGACGCGUGGGCGUUCUUCCUCACGCAGGUCCCACCCCACGCCGCCAUCAACAUUGUGCUCUCGCCGGGUCCCGGCCAUCCGGCCAAGGUUGGCGACUUUGGGCUCUGCCACGCUGCGAUUGUCGAGGCUCCUGCCGACGUGCCGCUGCUGGGCGUGUGCCUCGGGCACCAAGGCCUCGCGCAUGCGUAUGGCGGCGACGUGCGCCACGCGCCCAAGGUCAUGCACGGCAUCACGAGCUCCAUCAAUGUGACGCCGCUCGGGCGAGACGGGCUUUUCUUUGGCACGGCGCCGACCUUCGACGUUGUCCGAUACCACUCGCUGCUCGUGGCGUCGCUGCCCGACUGCCUCGUGGUCACUGCGUCGACGGCCGAGGACGGGCUCAUCAUGGCGCUGCAGCACAAGGAGCGGCCGCAGUACGGUGUCCAGUUCCAUCCCGAGUCUGUCUGCAGCGAGUUUGGCUACCAGCUGCUCCAAAACUUUGCCGACCUCUCCAGUCAGACGCCGCUGAGCAUGUGUACGCUUGCGCACGCAGCGACCGCGCCGGCGAUGCUCGCUGCGACGCCAGUUGCCAAGCCUGCUGCCGCCUACCACCUGCAUACUACGGGUCUCGGCCAACUGCAUCUCGACGGUGACGCGAUCUUUGAUGCGAUUUACGCCUCGGCAACCCACGCCUUCUGGCUUGACAGCAGCAACGGAGCGCGCUACUCGUAUAUGGGCGACGCGGCGGGGCCGCUCAGCCAGCUCAUCACGUACAAUGUCGUGACCGAUGCCACGCACGUCAAUGGCGCGGCGAUUGAGACGCCACUGUUUCCGUAUCUGCAGUCGCAACUCGACCGCUAUCGCGUGACGUCGGUGUCGUCACCGUUCGACUUCCGCGGUGGCUUUGUGGGUUUUUUUGGCUAUGAAGUGCUGCACUGCCGUCAUGAAAAGAAGAGCGCGCAUGUGCUCGCCCAUCGCGACGCCGAGGGCUCGACGGUGCCGGACGCCGCCUUUCUCUUUGCCGAUCGCUUUCUCGUGCUGGAUCAUGUGACGGGCCACGUGUACGUGGCCGCCCUCGAUGACGACGUGUCGUCGACGCCAGCGACCACGGCGUGGGUCCAAUCGAUCGCAGACCGUGUGCGCGACAUGGCGUCGACGCCGACUCUGUCACCGCCGUCCCCGCCGCUCGUGUCGGAUCCGAUCACGAUGCGCCCGAGCCGGUGCCGGCGCCAGUACGAACAAGACAUUGCCGAUGUUCUCGACGCGAUCCACGACGGCGAGACGUACGAAGUGUGCUUGACCAACCAACUGAUUGCCGAGCUCGAGGUGCCGGAUACGCUCGCAUUUUACAAAACACUGCGGACGCUCAACCCUGCGCCGUUCGCUGCGUACCUUAAGCACCCGGAUUUUGCGAUUUGCUCGUCGUCGCCCGAGCGCUUCUUGCAUGUGAGUUGUGACGGCCGGAUGGAAUCCAAGCCCAUCAAGGGCACGCGCAAGCGCGACCAUAUCGACGCUGCUGUUGAUGCCGCGAUCGCGUCCGAGCUUGGCAGCUGCGUCAAGGACCGCGCCGAAAACAUGAUGAUCACGGACCUCGUACGCAACGACUUUGGCGUCGUCGCGGCCAUCGGCAGCGUGCACGUGCCAACGCUCAUGCACGUCGAGUCGUAUGCGACCGUGCACCAGCUUGUGACAACGGUGCGCGGGGCACUUGCAGACGGCAAGAGUGCGCUCGAUGCCGUGCACGCCACGUUCCCUGGCGGCUCCAUGACGGGCGCGCCCAAGCAGCGCACGAUGGAGCUCAUCCGGGACCUUGAAGUGUACCCGCGAGGCGUCUACUCGGGCGCGCUGGGCUACCUCUCGCUCGACGGUGCGGCCGACCUCAAUAUUAUCAUUCGAACGGCCGUUGUGACGAAAGACCGCGUGAGCAUUGGGGCGGGCGGCGCGAUCGUCGCCAUGUCGGACGCCGACGACGAGUACGACGAGAUGCUGCUGAAGACGCAGGCGCUUCGGCACGCGCUGGCGACGCACACGGGGCGCGCCGUGCAGGUGGAUGUGGACCACGGCUUUUACGACAAGUAA